CCUUUUAAUACUCUCGAAAUCUACAGAUUAAGAUCUGUACUAUCUAUUUAACAGUAUAUUGAACUGAUAUAUGUGAAUACCAAUGAUUGAAACUGAAAUGUAAUUGAAGUGACGGAAAGGAAAUUAAACUAAAUUGAACUGAAAAGUUGAAUCAACCUUAAUAGGAUACUUAUGUUUCAACUAUUACGAAAUAUGUUUGUUACUGUACGGAAUACAUAUUAUUGACAUCAUUCAAGUUGAUCUGAAAAAACUAUUGUCUAAUGUCAAUUUAGUUCUUCGAUACUAGCGCACUAACAAUACGGUGGUCACAGCUAAUCUAUACAAAUAUAGAUACCAAAUGAUACCAAUACGAUAAAAUCGAGAGAAGGAGGAGUAGUAUUUCCCUAACUAAUCUUUUCUAGUUUUUAUUUUCAGCGUAUUAGUUGCUGAGGUAACGCACUAGUUGACCGAGAUAUAGUGUGCAGAUGUGAUGUACGCUUCCGUUAAUUAUAAAUAGGACAAAUUUAUCCAAUUAGUUUGUUGUGAUUUGUAUAGAUUUAUCUUCAUAUAAACUCAUGCAAAAAGAUUCAAGUAUAUGAGUGCAUAUUAAAUAAAUUUAAAUUUUCGCAUAUAAUAGUUCAGUAAAAACCUCACAAUCAAGAAAAAAUUAAUUAAAAUAAUGACGAGACACGCGAGAAAUUGUACUGCUGGCGCUGUUUAUACUUAUCACGAGAAGAAAAAAGAUGCAAGUGCUUCAGGUUACGGUACCAAUACACAAAGAGUUGGGAAAGAUUCUGUAAAGGAUUUUGAUUGUUGUUGCCUUACUUUACAACCUUGUAGAGAGCCUGUAGUAACAAAAGAUGGUUAUCUCUUUGAUAAAGAAGCGAUAUUAGAGUAUAUUCUAACGAAGAAAAGAGAAUAUGGUAGAAAAUUAAAAGAAUAUGAAAAACAGAAACACAAGGAAGAGGAGGAGUUACAUGAACGAACUGUAAACGAGGAGCUAUUAAAAUUGCAAAACUUUUUAAAAAGUGAAAAAAAUAUUGUUUCAAGGACCAAAUCCAAAACAAAUCAAUCAAAUACGUCGGUUUCAAAUAUGAGCAACGGAAAAGAUAAAGCAUUACCUAGUUUCUGGAUUCCUUCUAAAACACCCGAAGCAAAAAAAACAAAAUUACAAAAGCCUAAUAAAACAGUUUAUUGUCCUCUCAGUGGUAAACCUUUGAAACUAAAUGACCUUAUUUCUGUUAAAUUUACUGAAGUUAAAGAUCCGGAUGAUAACAAGUCACUUAUAGUAAAACAAGCACGAUAUAUGUGUCCUAUUACUCAUGAUAUUUUGAGUAAUAGUGUUCCUUGUGCAGUAAUUAAAACAACUGGUCAUGUUAUCACAAUGGAGUGUGUUGAAAAAAUAAUAAAAAAGGAAUGGAUUAAUCCAUUAGAUGGUUCAAAAUUAACAGAAGCAGAUAUUAUAUGUCUACAAAGGGGUGGCACAGGUUAUUCAGCUGUAAAUGAUUCUUUGGAAGGUAAACACGAAAGACCAGUAUUGCAAGCUUAAAUAUAUAAAAAAUAAUUUGGUUGUAAAUAUGUAAUUUAUAAAAUUUACAAUAAAAAAUGUAUUAAUCCAACAA